AUGGCAACAUUCCUCUUGGAAGAACAUGGAUGCGACUCUUCUUCCGCGGCGUUCCUAACCUCUGAGCAGAAUGAUCUUAACUUCUCAGAUAACUCAAAGAGCAGCAGCAGUUUUUCUAAGGGUACUACGGCAUGCCUGAAGCAUUCUAAAGCUACAGCAUGUCCAAGUGACUUGAUCGGAGUAGGAGAAAAAUGUUUCUAUUUUUCUAAUGAUACUGGAGAUUGGGAAGCCAGUAAAAGGUUUUGCAAAUCACAAGGAUCAGAACUGGCUCGUGUUGAUACGCAAACAGAUAUGGAAUUCUUGAAGAAGCACACAGGAACCGCCAUGCACUGGAUCGGUCUGAGCAGGAGACUGGGCGAGUCUUGGAAAUGGACAGAUGGCAGCACAUUCACUGACUGGUUUGAAAUUAGAGGGAAUGGAUCCUUUGCCUUCCUAAAUGCUGACGGAGUCCACAGUUCCAGAGGAUUUGUUGAUAUCAACUGGAUUUGUAGCAAACCUAGAUAUUUGUAGAACAGGGAGCUGGAUUAGAAGAGGCAGAGCAAGGAG